AUGGGUGCCUAUUUAUCUGAGCCUGUUACUGAAAAAGUGUCCAGCGAUGAAGCUAACAGCAAACUUGAUUGCGGCGCAAGCUCCAUGCAGGGAUGGCGUGUCAAUCAAGAGGAUGCACACAAUACGAUACUUGAGUAUGAUGAAAAAACGUCUCUCUUUGCCGUAUAUGAUGGUCAUGGCGGUGCAGAAGUGGCUACAUACUGUUCACAAAAUCUACCGAACUUUAUAAAGGAAACCGAAGCAUACAAGAGUGGCGAGUUGACAAAAGCUUUGGAAGAUGCUUUCCUAGGAUUUGAUGCAUCUAUUGCUACUAAAGAAGUUAUGGAUAUUUUGAAAGAAUUAGCAGGUGAAAUUAAUCCCCCAGGUGCCAGUGAUAAUGAAGAGGAAUCUGAAGAUGAAAAUGUAAGCAACUUGUACCAAGAAGCCAGACUUCCAUUACAGGAAGUACUGGCCAAAUAUGAAAACAAAUUGAGCACACUCCACCGAAAUCGCCUUGGUGAUUCAGCAACUCCAAUGUCACCCUGUCUUCGAGCCAAGAAGAACACAGAUGGAACUACAGCUGGUGGCUCAGGUGGUGCAUCUAGUUCCAGUUCUGGUUUGACAUUUGCAGCAGGCUCCAGUUCAGAACAGGCGACUGACGAAGCUUCGUCAAGCAAGAAUGGCUUACCUACUUCAAAGGAAGAAGGUAAAAAUGCAGAAGAAGAUACUGGAGGUGUUUCAUCUACAAAUUCUAACGAAGAAGGCAAGGAUCUUAAUGGAGAAGUUUCAACCAGCGAGCCAGACGAAAAAACCAAGGAACCCACUGCCAAGGACGUCGAAAAACCAAAUCCUAUAGUUCCAGACAGCUCUGAAGAUAAUUGCAAUGAGCCAGAACAGAGUGAAAACGCCAAAAGCUCAGCAGAAAUUGCUCCGGGUAAAGACGAAAUUUGCAAUGGAGAGGUUACGGAUUCAAAGCAAGUUGAUGGUGAAGAAAGUAAUAUUACCUCCUCCAAUGGAUCCACCAAAACAGGAAAGGGGAAAGCCAAAGAAAAGUCAACAGUAUCGAGUUCGGAAUCGAAUCCUCGCGACAGACCGAAAGACGCUAAGGUCCGGCGUGCCGCAGCUGCAGUAUACGAGUCAAUACUUCGUCAAAUGACAGUCCGGGACGAAGACGAUGAUGAAAGCGACUCUAACGACGAGACCUUUGAAGGAGGGGAGAUCAACUCCUCUGAUGAAGAAAAUGUUAAUGGUGUAGAAGAGUCUUCCAAUGACGGUGAUGGCGAAGAAGAAGAAGAAGACGAGGAAGAUUAUGAAGCUGAGUCUAGUGAUGAAGAUGGCGAGGAGGACAUCUCUAUGACAGAAGAGCCUGGUAACGACAGUGGCUGCACAGCAGUUGUGGCUCUUCUUAGAGAAAGUGAGCUCUAUGUUGCAAACGCUGGUGAUUCGCGCUGCAUUAUCUGCAGAGAAGGGAAAGCAAUAGACAUGUCAAUAGAUCACAAACCAGAGGAUACACCCGAACUCGACAGAAUCACGAAGGCUGGUGGUAAAGUUUCUAAUGAUGGCCGGAUUAAUGGUGGUCUUAAUUUAUCUCGCGCAAUUGGUGACCACUCGUAUAAACAAAAUAAAGAUUUGGGCCCUAAAGAACAGAUGAUCACGGCAUUUCCUGAUGUCAAAACGUUAACAAUUGAUCCAGAAAAAGAUCAAUUUAUGGUGCUAGCUUGUGAUGGAAUAUGGAAUUUUAUGUCUAGUCAAGAUGUUUGCGAUUUCAUUCUGCCGAGAUUGACUGAGGGCCGAGAGAGGCUUUCACAGAUUUGUGAGGAGAUGUUUGAUCACUGCUUGGCGCCAAGUACGAUGGGGGACGGAACCGGAUGCGAUAAUAUGACGGCUAUUAUUGUACGAUUUAAGAAUGGUGGAAUCAGUGAUGUUGGAAAGCACACAAAUAACGCUGAGAUUUCCAAAAAACGCGCCGCUGAUGAUGAACCAAGUCAAGAGGAGCAACAGGACCUAAAAAGGCAGAAGGUUGAUGAUACCCUCUCAAGUUCAGUAGUGACUUCAAGUGUCUAG